CACAACAACGCCCUCUAGCGGAAGCCGGCACAAACAACAAGCACUCCUAUCUGACCAAUAGGGAGGUAGUGCGGAUGUACGGUCAGCCAAUUGAAGCAAAGCGGUGGGCGGUGCUUAGGGUUCAGAGGUUACCUUUUGAGCUGCACACAUUUCACCCACAUGUGAUUGUAAAUACAUCGGAUUUAAAGUCAUAACAAUGGGAAAGAAGCGACGUGGAAAGGCUCACGAUGGGGCAGAUCCGCCCGGGAAGCUCCGACCUUCUAAGAGUGGUGAGGAGAAGCCAGUCGGGACCCCCGCUGGGGACCAGGACGACCACUUCAACCAGAUCCCCUUCCGGCUCCGCGAGAUCAUCAAGAGCAAGGAGUUGAUGAAGAAGGGGAAACCGAAAGCUAAGAAAAUUAAAGCUGCCAUUCCCUUAGCCACGACGGAGGAAUCUCUAAUCGAAGAGAUCGCUGUCCCGCACUUCAAGAGGAAGAAGGAUGAGAGUAAGAAGGCGUACCUGGGCCGCAUGAACACAGAGACAGACCACGUCAUGUUCCUCACCAAGAACCAGGUGGAGAGGAAACCAGAGCUGGAGGAGGAGACGAAGGAGAAGCCCGAAGCCAAGGUCAAGUCUGAGAAGAAGAUGGAGUACAAUCAAUCCCGAUUGAACCGACUGCAUCAGAAGAAACUCAACCGACAGGAGAAGGAGAUGGAGAAGAACAUGUUCAUAGACAAGGUGAAGUUCGGGGAGGUUGCGAUGGAACCCCCCACGUUCACCGCCCAACCCCGGAAGGCCCCAGCAGCCAAGAACGCGGUUUCCAAGGGUCUGCUGCUGAACUCGCUGCUGGGCCAGGAUGUGGUGUCCACCGUCUCGCCCUCCAUGGCCCGGAAGAGGAUCAUGGAGGAGGAGCGCGUCCGUGUGGUGGAGGCGUACCGCCACCUCAAGAGGCAGAAGCAGCGCAAGCAGGAGCUCAGGGACGCCUCGCUAAAGACCCUGAAGAACCUGUAACCUAGACACACACACACACACACACACACACACACACACACACACACACACACACACACACACACACACACACACACACACACACACACACACACACACACACACACACACACACACACACACACGGAGCAGCUCCAUUCGACCUUCUUGGUUUUGAGUCAGAGCUCUGCUCGUGCCAUGGCUUGGCGUGUUGGAGAACUGCGACGUAAACAUUAUUUCUCUAUUCUGACGUGGAAUGUGGACGUGGGCCUGGUUGUUCGAACUGAUGGGCUGACUGGAACGUACCAUCUGGGAACGUCCGAUGGGGGCUCCCGGUUCCGUACCCAACCGACAGCAGCCGUCUUGCCAAUCUGAAUAUCAGACUGAAUAUGACCUGUACGAGGUCAAAGACCACCAGCUAAAUAUAUUAUAUUAUGUUGGUCCUUUUUAUAACAUUAUCAGUACAAAACCGUAUAUACUGUACUGACCCAUCAUCUGCAGUGUCAUUCUUACAGCUGUCAUUGACUCUGAAGUUGUAGAGUUUGUAUCUUGGUUUCCCCACUAGGUGGCAGUAAACUCGACAGAGUAGAACUCCUAUUACGCUGUUUGAGUGAGAGUUUUUUCAUCGAUUGAAUUGGCUUUGUGUGACUUGUGUGACUGGGUGUAAGUGACACACCGUGUAGCUGUUCACACAGUUUGGUUUUAAAUAAUUGUUUCUAACCUGUUGUUAUGAUAAACCUGCCAUUUUUGUUUAUAUGAAAUGGUUAUUAAACGCUUUAAAAUAGCACAAA